CGCUCUCACCACUCGGUGCGAACCGGGCAUCCCCAGCCUCGCCCCUCGCACGCUUACCCCCCAUUCCUAAAUACCGCCGGAUAUUCCCCAGAUAAUAGUCCCCGUCCCAUCGCACGCACGCACGCAUACGCCGAAUCCCGCCCCUCACGCUCGUACGACUGGGCCUCGCUGUGCUCGACUGACGCGCACAGGACGCACGACGACCAUCAGCGACAUCACUAGACUUCCCCUGGGACGCUCGCAGGCUUAGAAGAUACCUUGGCCAUCCACAGCUGCUAGACAGGCAAUACUCGUCACCUAAACUCUCAUCCCCCUCCCAGCUCCACCUCACCAUGUCCACCCCAAUAGAGUCUCCCGCGGCCCAGAUCCCCGUGAACGGCGCGCAGACCGCCCUCGCCGCUGCCCCCACCAACAAGAAGCAGCCCUAUCCGUUCUGGCUUGGAGGUGUCGCCGCGACCAUCGCAGCAUCCAUCACCCACCCGCUCGACCUGACGAAGGUGCGCAUGCAGGCGACGGGCGACAAGGGCAUGAUCAACUCGAUAAAGAAGACGGUGCGCACGGCGGGCGUCCUCGGCCUCUUCGACGGCAUCACCGGCACGUGGUUCAGGCAGAUGACGUACUCCAUCUGCCGCUUCUGGGCCUACGACGAGAGCAAGAAGCUGAUCGGCGCGGACGCCAAGUCGCCGGCGUGGAAGCUCGCGCUGGCGGGGAGCAUGGCUGGUGGUAUCGCGGGCUUCGUCGGGAACCCUGGAGAAUUGAUCAUGGUCCGCCUCCAGUCCGACUUUGCCAAGCCGCCAGAGAAGCGUCUGAACUACAAGAACUGCCUGGACGGCUUGUACCGGAUGGUCAAGGAGGAAGGCUGGUCGUCGCUGGCGCGUGGAGUGGGCCCGAACGUCUUCCGUGCGAUCCUGAUGAACGCCAGCCAACUGGCCUCCUACGACUUCUUCAAAGCCGAGCUCCUCAAGACGGGCCACUUCGAGGACAACAUCUACGUGCACACGACCGCGUCCUUCGCCGCGGGCACGGUCGCGACGACGGUGUGCUCGCCCGCGGACGUGCUCAAGAGCCGGAUCAUGGCCGCCUCGGGCGCGGAGGGCCGGUCGACGCUGGGGAUGAUCCGGCUGAGCAUGAAGAACGAGGGCCCGAUGUUCAUGUUCAAGGGGUGGCUGCCGGCGUGGACGCGGCUGCAGCCGACGACGAUGCUGAUUUUCAUCACGCUCGAGCAGCUGAAGAACGCCGUGGACUGGUACCGGGGCGACCUCUGAGCGCGGCCGGCGGCUAAUCCUCUGCCGUUCUAAGCAACAACCCACCCUCCGCCAUCCUGGCGCAAACUACCCUCGGCGACCGUCGACUGUCGCUUGUACCACUUUUCUGUGUUCCAGGACUGCGAAUCUACGAUGCGGAUGUAUGUGCUUUUCAUGUCUUGUUUGUAUCAUUGCUGUUGUCUGUACCACCAUUGCAGUAGCUGUACGCGCACUGUCGUUUUCAUGUACGUUUGCUGGAGGAGGCGCAGUAUACCAUCGUCGCUGCUGUUGCAUACAU